GCAUUUGGAUAUCAAAUUUACCAUUGACGCAACUUUAAUGUUUAGAUGUAAAAAUUCACUGUAUCGUCGUUGUAUCAGUGAAAGGAAAAUGUGCAGGAAUGACAUCAAAUAAAGGAGUAUUGAAAAGUAUCAACACUUCAUUCAAAUUGUUAACAAUUCUGAUAUUUUUUAACAGUUUUUGUGAAGUCGCAAGUCAGUGUUCAAAAGCAAACUUUGUACCAAUUUGUAAACAGUCAUCAUCUGCUUGGAUAGCACAAGCAACAGACAUAUGUGCUGACAUAGAUACCUAUCAUUGCCUUAUAACAGAAAAUUAUAAAGAAAAUGUUGACCAUGAUAAUAAAUAUGUGGAGUGUUGUAUGCCUAGUGAGACUAUAUCUGCAGGACACAUGCCUAGAUACAACGUAGCAAAGAAAACUCUCCAGGAAAUUGUGUGUGAUUCUGACUAUUAUAGUCCAAGACAGUUUCAAUCAAACAAAUACAGAGAACAUGGAGUUGCUCAUUGUAUCCAUCAAAAAUCUAAGUGCCGUUCGGAAGGCAUGGCAAUCUUUGAUGAUAGUGAUGCAGUAUCAAAUCGCAAAUGUUUCUGUAAUUAUACAGGGAACUAUGUGCCUGAAUUUCCUGAAUUCCUUGUAGAUGGUGUCUAUUUCGAUGAGAGAGAUAACAGAUGCAUUAUUUCAAAGAAAUGUGAUCCAUUAUAUCAGGAACUUAACAUGAUGUACAAGUGUGUAGAUGUUUGUACAAAUAGAACUUACAGACCACCUAUGUCUUUAGAAUGCAUUCCAUAUCCAACAGCAUCUACAAGAUCACCAGAUAAAGUAUCUUUGGGAGUAACAAAACCACCAGUAGCAACAACUACCAGUACAACUGAGAAACAAACAACUGUGAUUAAAGUUUCACCAAAGGACGUGGGUCAGAUAGACAUCAUUGACUUUGUUAAACCUUCACUGAAUGUUAUAAGAUUAGACAGAUGCUUCUUCAUGAUCAAGAAAUAG